AUUUUUAUGUUUUCUCAUAAACUUGCAGUUAUUGUUAUUUGCAAUUUAAAUAGUAAUUGAUUGGAAGCUAGGAUUUUUUAAUGAAAUGUAGAUCUUUGUCUCUGAACCUAACCUAACCUAACCUUUGUAUCCAGUAAGACAGUCGGAUAUCUGAAUUUUACUAAAAAAUUAUAUUAUUAUACGAAAUCAUUGUUUCAUUUCAUACAUGAUUCACAUAAGUUGGUGCAGAUUUGUAUUAAUAUGAAGUAAGAGGUUUUCGUUUCUCCCAUAUUGAUAAUAUUUGUGGUGGUAUGGUGUGUGUUGGGUUGCGACAAAGACAAAAGAUAUUGAGGUCAUUUGGUUACUUAUAAGUUCACAAAACGCGAACAAUCAAGUAACAUGUGGAGUUUAAGAAUUUUGGUUUUUCUACUAAUACAAAUAUCCGCAUAUGGAUUAUUUCAUAGAUACCCGAAAUUAAAUUUGAGUGUAGAUGGUGGUGAUCCUGGAAAGCCUUUAUUUUUGACCCCGUUCAUUGAGAGUGGUAAUAUCACAGAAGGAAGGCGUCUUGCUCGCGUUGCUUUUACUGAGACUUUGCAAAUUAAAAGCUAUGCUGGAUACUUCACUGUGAAUAAGGAAUAUGAUUCCAAUCAAUUCUUCUGGUACUUUCCCGCCAUGUUGGCCAACAACAAAGAUGCACCGGUGAUCGUAUGGCUACAAGGAGGGCCAGGUGCGUCUUCACUAUAUGGUCUCUUUACUGAAAAUGGUCCGCUAAGGGUUCGUAAUAAUAAAUUUGAGAGGAGAAAAUAUAACUGGGCUCUAAGCCACCACCUUAUUUACAUUGAUAACCCAGUGGGAACUGGUUUCAGUUUUACCAAGGAUUCUCGGGGCUACUGUCAAAACGAAACCCAAGUAGGAGAACAGCUUUACUCCACAAUUAUACAAUUCUUUCAGUUGUUCCCAGAAUUGCAAGGCAACAAAUUUUUUAUUACCGGAGAGUCAUAUGGUGGUAAAUAUGUACCAGCAUUUGCCUAUACUAUACACAAGAAAAACCCAUCCGCAAAAUUGAAAAUCAAUCUCAAGGCCUUGGCAAUAGGAAAUGGAUUAAGUGACCCUGAACACCAAUUGGUAUACAGCAAAUACUUGUAUCAAAUAGGACUUUUAGAUUGGAACCAAGCCCAAGUAUUUGCUGAUGCUGAAAGCAAAGUUGUUGAUUUAAUCAAACAGCAGAAAUUUGAUAAAGCAUUUGAGGCCUUUGAUACUUUACUAAACGGAGAUCUCAUUGAUGGAAAAAGUGUUUUCUAUAACAUGACUGGUUUUGAGUUUUAUUUCAAUUUCCUUCACACCAAGGACUAUAAACAGUUUGAAGACUUUGGUCCAAUGUUACAAAAAAGUUUUGUUAGAAAGGCAAUACAUGUAGGAAAUAUGACAUUCAAUGAUGGGAAACUAGUAGAACAGCAUCUAAAACAAGAUGUAAUGAAGUCAGUUGCACCUUGGAUAGCAGAGUUACUCGAUCAUUACUAUGUUGUGGUAUACAAUGGGCAGUUAGACAUAAUAGUAGCAUAUCCAAUGACAAUUAAUUAUUUAAGAAAUCUCAAUUUUACUGGAUCUGAUGAGUAUAAGAAUGCCAAAAGAUACCAGUGGUAUGUUGACGGAGAGCUGGCUGGAUAUGUGAAACAAGGAGGGAAAUUAGUCGAGAUUAUGGUAAGAAAUGCUGGCCACAUGGUACCCGGUGACCAACCUAAGUGGGCUCUGGAUUUGAUUACAAGAUUGACUCAUGAGAAAACAUACAAUAGUUAUGAUCAUAAGCAGUCUCUUGGAAAUCUAUAAAUCUUUCAACCAGAAUUUGUGAUUGUUUUGUCAAUUCUAUAAACCUUUGAAAGAAUGUUUGUAAAAUCUCUGGAACUUACUAACAAUAAAUGAUAAAAUAAAAAUAUUUA